CUAGAGUCGCAGGCUGAUCCGCUGAUCCGCCGACUAGCGAGCCUGCGGCGCCGCGGCCACACCGGCGGCCUCCUCUGCUGUGCUCAGGGAGGGGCCAGUUCGCCGAAAAGGGGUUUUGCCUGGAGGUUUUUUUUUUUAAAAUUAAUUUCCAAAAUGUACAGGACGUGCCGAUAAUUUGGGGAGGGGGGAGGCGGGGGUUGGGAUCGGUCACAGAUGCAGGAUGAAGAUCUGGAGCUCAGAACACGUCUUCAGCUAUCCCUGGGAGACGGUGAUUAAGGCGGCCAUGAGGAAGUACCCCAAUCCCAUGAACCCCAGCGUCGUGGGCGUGGACGUGCUGGACAGAAACCUGGACACGCACGGCAGGCUCCACAGCCACCGCCUCCUCAGCACGGAGUGGGGACUGCCGGCCAUCGUCAGAGCAAUUCUGGGCACGAGCCGGACUCUCACCUACGUCAAGGAGCACUCCAUUGUAGAUCCCGAUGAAAAGAAAAUGGAGCUCUGCUCGACAAAUAUAACACUGACAAAUCUAGUAUCAGUUGAUGAAAGAUUAGUGUACACGCCCCACCCGGAAAACCCAGGAAUCACUGUUUUGACCCAAGAAGCAAUCAUCACAGUCAAGGGAGUCAGCCUCAGCAGCUACCUGGAAGGCCUGAUGGCUCUUAAGAUAUCUGCUAAUGCUCGAAAGGGUUGGGAUGCUAUUGAGUGGAUCAUUCAAAAUUCUGAAAGGGAAAGUGUUCCCUUCUGCAGCCUGUGCUAGAGAUCGGGCCACGAGGCCUUGGAGUGGGCGAUCAGGAGCUUGAGCAGAGACGGCGGCGGUCUGGCCCGUGUGACCUGAGCCCGGCGAGGGGUCACUGCGCUGGGAGUGAGAGACCAGAGGCCCGUCGGAAACGAGUAAACUGGCCUGGUUAUGCCGAGCAGCAUGUGGUCAUGCCCACAGCACCCCACAGAGGGGGAGAGCCUGUCUUCCAUUCAUCUCUAUGCACCUGCCCACAUCGGUGAUCAGCUGACAUCAAAAGCAGGACAGUUUACUUGUGAAGUUCGGUGCAGCACAAGCAAUCAGGCCACCUGAGAGAAAGUCUGAUUGCGAUAGUGCUUUCUUGGUAGUCUCUGAAACGUGAUCGCUCUUUUGGGCUUUUUAAACCUUAAAUCUGAUGGUUUUAUUCUUCUGCUUGGUUUUUUUGUUCCCAAAAUCUCAAGUGAACACCUUCACUUGGAGGAGGCAAAGUAAUGUGAACAAUGAAUGUCCAAGUAAAAUAAAAAAAAUAUGUAAUUUUCAAAGUACAGGUUCGCUGUUUAAAUCUAGGAGACAAAGAACAAACUCGCACACACAGAGAAUAUUGCAUUAAACAGUUAAUUAACCAGACUCACUUGGAAUAUGUGUAUCCCUAUUUGGGGUUGAUAGAAAUCCAUUGCAACUUGUCAGAUGCUUGGUAUUUCUGUUAUUUAGUGUUUCAGAUAUUUCUGCCACCACAAAUAUGUCCUAGAAUCACUGCAUGAAAAGUCUCAUGUGAAAAGCUAAGUGAACAAAACUAAAAUUAGUUUUGGGAGCAAAUCUGUAAGAUCAAAUGGCAUUAUGUUGUUUACCAUUGUAAGUUGCCCAUUAAAUUCUGUAGUUCAUAUUCUGCCUGUAUGUUUUCUAAAAAAAAAAGAAUGCAUGAGGAAUUCAUGUUUGUUAAUGAUGGAUUUGAUAGUCUUUAUUAUAAUCCCACUGUUAGUUGCUGAAACUGUUGUAGCCAAUUCUAAUAUUUAUUUAAAAAGUACUUUAUUAAUUUAACACUUGCGAUGAAGUAAUGUACAAGUAUUGUACAAUUGUGGACAUGGCUCUAUUGCAUUAGGCAUGUUUAUGCAUUGCAAGGCUAAGUAAGGUGUUCAAAAUGUUUUGUUCUGUAAUAAUUGUGUAAAAACACUUGCUUUGAAAGUUGCAACACUUAAGAAUCUGUUUUGUUUACUGUUUACUUGGCCAAAAUGCAACAAUUAAUUUUGGAAAGGCUGCAUACAAGGGCCAAAAAUGAAUAAUAUUACCAUUUUAAUACAGGCGUCAGCGUUAUUUAAGCCGAGGGAUAGAAGGAUUAAAAAAGAAAUAAAAUGUAUACAUUGUUAAACGUCUCUUAACCUAUAGUGAUUACCAGUCACUAACAAUGAUUUAAUUGAACGGUAGUUUCUUCAUGCAGCAGCUGAGAAGCAUUCCCCUAGCUCUGCACUGAGCAUCUCAAGUUAACGAGGACUAUAGAGCUCCGCUGUUCUACCUCAGUUCAGUGCUUGUGUUGCCAAGCUGAUUCCCGAAUAUGCGCUGUGCUGAGUGCUGGCUUCCAGCCUGGCGCAGUUCUGAACGAACUGUGCUUGAAGCUUUAUGUUUCACCCCUGCUGAUUAACCCACAGGGGCGCCGCUUGAAUAUGGGCACCGUGAAGCUCCUUCUUGAGCAGAAUGUGUUUUGUGGGCUCUACCAUCUCCCUCCUCGGCCACCCAGCUCCACUGUGGAAAAGCAAAGCAAAGCAAUGGAUCCAGAGUUUGUGCCACUUUGCCAGCUGUGAUCCAUCUUUUUCUGCUCCUGGUAGCCCUGCUUCCUCACAUACUCACUGUCGGUGAUGUAGUACCGAACAUUUCUGAUAGCCUCAGAAGGCAAUGUCUUGAGCACCAAGCCUCUGGGCAGAUCUAUGGAUGGCAUGGUACUGUACAGUAGGUCAGCUCUCCUGUCUCACAGCUGCAGGGUCCUGGGUUCAAGUCCAACUUGGGAAGUCUAUAUGUGUGGAGUUUACAUGGUCUCCACAGUCAUUUGGGAUUUUUGAUUGAUGCUUCAAAAACAUAAAACAUAGGUCCGAUUGGCUACUCCACAUUGUCAAAUUUGUGUGGGGCGAUCAAGGCAGAGUAAUACUAAUCAGGAUUAUUCCCAUUGCAACUACCAAUGACAGAGGGACUAAAGAGGAAUAGAAGCAAAGCCCUCCUCUGAUUUGUGAAUAUUCUGAUUUUCUGAAACCCCAGCUUUAAGCUGUUUGACAUGAUGAGCCACAAUGUGGACUGAGACCCCUUAUCAAGCUUGAACCCUACUGUUGGCAGUGAAACCACCAUUCCCACCUGUGCAGUGCUGAAGAGAGCUUGUUGUCAACUUGAAUUGUUUUGUUGUGUUUUGUAACAUCUCACGCCUGUAAAGACACCUGUAACAGGCUGGAAGCUGGAUUGUGCGUUUUAAAUUUGCAUCUAGUAUUUUACUGCUGCUUCUAAGUCCAUUUCUAUAUACAGUCCCUGAACAAAGCAAAAAUAAAUGUUCAGUAAAUUAAUGUCUGCAUGUUCAUUUCCAUGUUCUGUAUUAUUCCUCAUUCUUCUCAUGCUUUAGUUCAACUGGCAAAUAAAAAAGCUCAAACAAC